AUGGCGCAAGUAGUGGCUACAACCAGAUCGAUUCACAACUCUAUCGUAUCAUCCCCUUCCUCUGGAUCCUUACAGGACCGAGUUGAGAAACUAAUCAAACCUUCACCGUUUUCUUCAAAACUACUGUCACGUCAUGGAAAGAAGAAAAUUGGCAGCAUUUCUUCUCCCAGGAACACUCAAAUUGCGGCGGCGGCUGUUAAUAGAUCCGCCGUACCUGAAGUUAUUCCUGUCUCACCUGAGGAUUCACCAAAGACAGAGGAGCAAUUUGUGCAAUUAGGGAAAUUAGGGGACACAACGGCAGCAGUUGGAAUGUGGACGAAGCCUACGGUUAGAAGAAAGACGAAGAUUGUUUGUACAAUUGGACCUUCAACUAACACGAAGGAGAUGAUAUGGAAGCUGGCUGAGGCGGGAAUGAAUGUUGCUAGAAUGAAUAUGUCUCAUGGAGACCAUGCUUCUCAUCAGAAAGUUAUUGAUUUGGUUAAAGAGUAUAAUGCUCAGGCUAAGGAUAAUGUCAUUGCCAUCAUGCUUGAUACUAAGGGUCCUGAAGUCAGGAGUGGUGACUUGCCUCAGCCUAUCAUGCUAUCACCUGGACAGGAAUUCACUUUUACGAUUUGUAGGGGUGUUGGAACAGUUGAUUGUGUUAGUGUGAACUAUGAUGAUUUUGUCAAUGAUGUAGAACCAGGCGACAUGCUUCUUGUUGAUGGUGGUAUGAUGUCUCUUCAGGUGAAGUCCAAAACAGAAGAUUCAGUGAAAUGUGUAGUUGUUGAUGGAGGAGAACUUAAAUCUAGGCGUCAUCUAAAUGUUCGAGGAAAAAGCGCGACACUGCCUUCAAUCACUGAGAAGGAUUGGGAUGAUAUAAAAUUUGGAGUGGAGAACAGAGUUGACUUCUAUGCUGUUUCUUUCGUUAAAGAUGCACAAGUAGUUCAUGAAUUGAAGAAUUAUCUACAAAGCUGUGGUGCAGAUAUACAUGUGAUUGUAAAAAUUGAAAGUGCAGAUUCCAUACCAAAUUUACAUUCAAUAAUCACAGCAUCUGAUGGGGCCAUGGUUGCAAGAGGAGAUCUUGGUGCAGAGCUCCCUAUUGAGGAGGUUCCCCUUCUGCAGGAAGAGAUAAUCAGGCUGUGCCGAAGCAUGGGGAAAGCUGUUAUUGUGGCAACAAAUAUGCUGGAAAGCAUGAUUGUUCAUCCAACUCCUACCAGAGCAGAGGUUUCAGACAUUGCCAUUGCUGUUCGCGAGGGUGCUGAUGCAGUCAUGCUUUCGGGAGAAACUGCACAUGGAAAAUUCCCGCUGAAAGCUGUUAAAGUUAUGCACACAGUCUCUUUACGAACUGAAGCAACCAUAGCUGGUGGUGAAAUGCCUCCUAAUCUUGGUGAAGCAUUCAAGAACCAUACGAGCGAGAUGUUUGCAUACCACGCAACCAUGAUGUCAAAUACUCUUGGAACCUCAAUUGUUGUGUUCACUAGAACUGGCUUCAUGUCUAUAUUACUGAGCCAUUAUCGACCUACAGGCACUAUUUUUGCAUUCACGAAUGAGAAGAAGAUACAACAGAGACUGGCUUUGUAUCAAGGAGUGUGUCCCAUAUACAUGCAGUUUUCAGAUGAUGCUGAAGAAACCUUUGCAAAUGCCUUGUCAGUGCUCAAGAAUCAAGGCAUGAUAAAGGAAGGAGAAGAGGUUGCACUUGUUCAGAGCGGCAGACAACCAAUCUGGCGGUUCCAGUCCACUCAUAACAUUCAGGUCCGUAAAGUAUAA